CUCUACUCGAACGCAGCCGUUCUUCCAAUUCAGUUUGCGCACUCAGCAACAUGACAGCCGACGCCAAGAUCCUCCUUACCGGAGCCACAGGCUUCAUCGGGGGAAGUAUCCUAACUGCGCUGCUGCAAUCUUCCCACUCGUCGAUUCCAUCCAGCCCUAUAACAUGCCUUCUCCGAGAUGCGAAUCGUGCCGCCCUCCUUACCUCUACAUAUGGGGAGCGCGUCAACCCUGUCGUCUACAAUGGCCUUGACGACCUCGAGACCACCACCGCUGUAGCCGCACAGCAUGAUCUUGUUAUCAACACCACCUUGGGAUAUCACUCCGCAUCCACGGCGCUCCUGCGCGGCUUGGCGCAGCGAAAAGACCAGUCACGCCGCGAUCCGAUUACCCAGCCAGUGGCCUUGAAAGAGUUUGAUGAUCUGGUUGACGAUGUGUACGCCUACGAGAAGGCGCUCGAGGCGGCAGAGCCCUACGCACAGAGGACCACUGAGCUGGGCGUCAUUGACACGGGCCUCGAGCUGGGAGUCAAGACGCUCGUGAUCAUGAGUCCCAUCAUCUACGGGAACGGCACCGGCCUGUUCAACAAGGCGAUGCUGGAGAUUGGACAUGCGGUGGUACUAGGUGACGAGUCAGGUGUAUGGGAUCAUGUCCAUAUUGCGGAUCUGGCUGAACUGUACCGGCUUGUUGUGCUGAAUAUCCUGGAGCAGGAAGGAAAUGCUCUGCCUACUGGGAAGAAGGGGAUAAUAUUCAGUGCCAAUGGGCGGUAUUCAUGGCUGGAGUAUUCGCAGCUAGUGGCCGAUGCUUGCUACGAACGAGGCCUUUUGUCGGAGAGGAAAGUUACUAGUCUUACCUUGAAGGAAGCGGCAGAAACCCUACUCCCGCGUCUUGGUUUUGCAAGUAAGGCUUUUGACUAUGAACAGCUAAAAUUGGCUGCAGAAGGCUUCUGCUCCAACGAGAGGACGGUUGCUAAUGUUGCGCGGAGUAUUGGGUGGAAUCCGGUCAAGGGGCGGGAUGCCUGGGAACAGUCGUUUCGCGAUGAUGUGGACGCCAUCCAGUCCUAAAAGAUAAACGGUGGUCCAAAUUUUCUAUUCAGCGGGUCGGCAAAUAGUAGGCAGUCUGACCAAUGAAGUAGUUAAUUGAAGGUCUGCCGCAUGCCUGCCCAUAUAGAGCUCUCUACACCGUCUUUGUCUUAUAUCUAUCUUGGAUACUUGACCAAAUAUGUCAAGUCAAGG